CAACAACAAUAGCUCGACAACCUCAUAGCGCACAACACCCUUUGGAACACAAAGGGAACGCAGUGCCUCAAGUUUUAAGUAUCCAAAAAUCUGAAGAUGAAGAUGCUUUUCGUAGUCAUCUUUGCCUGUGCUGUGUGGGAAGCCAGUGGAUACCCCUACCCAUAUUAUGGAACCAAUAUGGAUUCGAUUUCCUACGGAUCGACCGACAUCAACCGCGGAGGCGUUGCAAUGAGUCGAUACUACAACCCUUACUACAGCCCGCGCGCCUACGGAGGGGGGAUGGCUGCCUUCAUGUUCAAACCCGAGGAUCAGUACCAGCCUCAGCCUCAGACCAGCCAGUACUACCUCCCUGACAGACGCCGUCAAACGCAACCAGAAUCAAACUACCCCCAACAAAACGAGGUAUACUACCCUCAAGUACCCGAACAAACUGAAAGACUACCCGAACAACCCGUUAUACAAGAAAAUCCUGCUAUACCAGCAGUUACUGAAGCAACGGAAUUAGUGGAGCCCACUGAAAAAACUGAAGUUGAAACUACUUUAAAAACCAUUGUGCCUGAACUGUCAGAACCGGAGUCAGAAGAAAUACCCAAGCCUGCAUCAAAGAAACGCGUGACUAAAAAGAAGCAAGUCAAAAAGCCUGUGGAGGAAGAAGAGGAUGAGAGUGACGAUUAUCCACCAAAGAUGCCAAGCGGUGCUUUCUUCCCAAUGUUCUUUGGCUGGGGUGGAAGAUCCAGUAACGGUGCUCCGGGAGGUGCGACCGCUAUAGCCAAUGCUUACAGCACCGGGCGAGGAGGCGUAGCCACGAGCCAUGCUACUGCAUACGGACCUCCAAGACCAGAGAGUAAAAGAUUGUAAAGAUCAUAGAUUGUAAAUAAACUUGUAAGAAUUAAGAAA